AUGUCAAACCAACGACUUACAACUGGUGCUCUUUUGAGAUAUUUACGUGGAAAUACUUCAGAAAAAGCCAUAUUACAAGUCGUCGGUAUUAAAACAAUCGAUAGCAAGGCUGAUGAUCCAUCAACAGCUGCUAAACGUUAUCGUCUUAUGUUAUCAGAUGGUAAAAGUACAUUUUCAUCAUGUAUGCUUAGUACACAAAUGAAUAUAUUAAUUGAAACGAAUUCUUUAAAAGAAAAUGCCAUUGUUCGUAUUGAUCGUGUUAUGGUUAAUGCAAUUGAUAAACAAAGUGGACGAGUGAUGCUGAUGCUUUACGAACUUGAAGUACUUCAAAGUGAUAGUGAACGAAUUGGUGAUCCAGUCGCAUUACCAUUAACUGAUAUUAUUAGUAGUGGUGGUAAUGCAAAUCGUACAGAAGCAACAGAUAAUAAUCAAACAUCAACAAGUGCAGUACCUCCAGCUACAAAUGUUAUUCGACAAGAUUCUAAAGCAUUGCCAACAUUAGACGAUCGAAAUAAUACUAAACACUUCAAUGGUGAUAAUAAUCGGGCGUCUUCAAAAGGAGGCAAUUCUAUUGAUAAAGAACGAAUUGUUAAUAUUGAUACACUCAAUCCAUAUAUGAACAAAUGGACAAUAAAAGCUCGUGUUAGUAAUAAAAGUCAAAUACGAAAUUAUCAAAAUGCACGUGGUCCAGGAAAAUUCUUCAGUUGUGAUCUUGUUGAUCAAUCCGGUGAAAUUCGUGCAGCAGCAUUUAAUACUGAAUGUGAUAAAUUUCAUUCAUUAGUUGAAGUUGGCAAAAUUUAUUAUAUUGCUCGAGCAUCACUUAAGCCAGCUAAUCGUCAAUUCAAUUCAUUAAAUAAUGAUUAUGAAAUGACAUUUAAUUAUGAUACAUGUAUUGAACAAUGUGAUGCUGAUGAAGGACAAUGUAUUCCUCAAGUACAAUUUAAUUUUAUUCCAAUUAGUGAUAUAGCUAAUCGACAAGCAAAUAGUGUUUGUGAUGUUAUUGGUGUUGUUAAAAGUUCGUCAAAUAUAGAUACAAUUGUUAGUAAAACAUCACAAAAAGAAUUUAAUAAACGUGAAUUACUUUUGGUUGAUGAAAAUGCAUCAAUAACAGCAACAUUAUGGGGACAACAAGCCGAAGAUUUUGACGGUUCAUCAAAUCCUGUUCUUGCUUUUAAAGGAAUACGUAUUGGCGAUUUUAAUGGUCGAACUUUAUCAACAUUGAGUUCAACAUUAAUUUGUCUAGAUCCAAUUGAAACACCACGUACAAUAGAACUUCGUAAUUGGUUCGAUAAAGAAGGAAAAUCAAUAGAUUUACCUGAUUUAUCAAAAGGAGCUGAAAUAGGAAAUCAACAAGCACCAUUUAAAACAUUUUCUCAAAUUGCUACUGAAGGUCUUGGUUUAAGUGAUAAACCUGAUUAUAUAAAUGUAAAAGCUGUCAUAACAUUCAUUAAAAAAGAAACAGCUGUUUAUAUGAUGUGUCCUGAAGAAAGAUGUGGAAAAAAAGUUGUUGAUGAAAAUAAUGGAACAUUUAGAUGUGAAAAAUGUAAUAAAACAUAUAACAAUUUUAAAUGGUCUUAUAUGGUUUCGGUAUGUAUUAAAUGUUUCUGUAAGAAGUUCGGCGUUCUCAUUUUCGGCAAUCUUUCAAAAAGGCAUGGUCGAUCUUCUUUCAGAAAAAUAAAUCAAGCUUGUAUUAAUUCUGAUAAAUUUCGAAAUAUAAAUUUUUUUAAAACUCACUAUAUUCAUUACAGAGGUCUCAAUGGGCUGGGCCAAGCCCGGCCCGGCCCAUGGGCCGAAAUGGGCCGAAUAUAA